GGUAGUAUGGACGUCAAGCGUAACUUUAAGUAAAGUUUUUAGCGUGAUUUUCCGCGGACAUGUCUCAAUUUUCCAGUACUUUGGUUAAAACAACCCAAUGCUAGUCUUUCGUGUCUAAAUGGCCCUAUUAAGUAAUUCGGGUCGGUUCCGUUUGUAAAUCUGGUGAUUUCGGCCGCCAUCUUGCCUUGUCAAAAGUGACACUGUCAGAGUAGUGAGGUUAAAUUGUUUAUUUCGGUGAUUAAAGGCAUUUAUGAUAGAGAGGAGCCCCCCGUGGUUGCCCCCCUCUCAUCAUGAAUGCAUUUCAGCCAUGUCGCAACACCUCCGACUGCGUGCCCCUCUACCUGCCCCAGCAGCUGUACCUGAAACCGGCGGCUCGUUUGACCAUUUCCAUCCAACUCCCCAACAUAAAAAAGCUAGAAAAAAGCAUCUCCCACUGGGAAAUCAUGGAAAAGUUGCGCACUUUGAUCCGUCCUGACGAAUUCAGCGUGUUAAAAGUGUCCAAGACUACGCUCAAUUUCGUCCGAUUUGAGGCCGAGCUGGAGAAUCGGACACGUCUGGAUCGAGUUGUGUCCAAACUGGACAACAAUUCGAUCAAACUGAAGGAAAUUCCCGACUUGUUGCGCCUUAAAGCGAGCGAAGUUAAGAGCGAUUUUCCCACGAGACAUAAAUGGGACUCAUUUUUCCAAGAAGCUAAAGACAUGGAUGAGAUGAAACCGGGGCAAAGGCCUGACACUGUACACCUGUCGAAUUUGCCCCGGAAAUGGUUCGUUCCGUACCAUUUGCCCGAGGGCGAGGAUGUCGUCCCUUCUGAGAAAUUAUUUUACCGGAUUUUUGAAAAGUUCGGGCAAAUCCGGUACGUGGAUAUUCCGGUUUGUGAUCCUUACCGGAAAAAAAUGAAGGACCACAUUUCCGGGAUUAAGGCACAUCCGGUCGACGAUCGCGAUUUUUUCGAGGGUUACGUCCAAUUUAAGGACUACAUUGGCUUUACUAAAACUAUGGACGCCCUUAAAGGGAUGAAACUAGUGCGCAAGGAGGAAGAUGAGGCAUUUUGUGUCAAUAUCAAGGUUGAUUUCGAUCGUUCGAAACAUCUGAGUGAUGCCUCAAUACGUCGGAGAGAGAUAGUAAGAGACAGACUGGUCAAAAAACAACGAGAGAAAGAAGAAAAGGAGAAAAAUGAGCUUGAUGCGAAAAAAUCAAGAGAACUAGACGAGAGGCAAAAAGAGGUGACCUUGAAGAGCGAAAAGGAGCAAAGACGGCGCGAACGCGAAGAAAAACGCAAAGCUAGACUUUUGGAAAAGCUCAAAAUCAACAGUUGUGACGAAAUUAACGAUAAAAUCGCCAAAGAAGAGAAAAAAUUGCUUAAAGCGCAACGUAAACUCGAGUCAAUUCGACUCGUUGAAGAACUAUUCAGACGUAUUAAGGAGAAAAAAGAAGAGUUGCAUAUGUACAGUAAAACGAAAAGUUCAAGUGGCGAUGAGCUCAAAAGAUUCAAAGAUAUGAGCGAAUUGGAGGUUUUAACCCAACGACAAAAACUACACAAUGCGAUUGAGGGCCGAGUUGUAUUGAAAAAUAUCUUGUCGAGGAAAAAAAAAUCAAGGAGUCGCUCAUCGUCCAGUUCUGACACUUCCCUAUCGCUUGAUGAGGACCGAAAAGACCGCAAUAUUCCUGAGGUUGUUUACGACCCCACGUGGUACAACUACCCCAUCUACGUGUACCCCCCUCGAGGUCGGUACCCCCUUCCGGGGCCCUCCCGUGGGCGUCCCCCCUUUCGGGGGCGCGGUUUCCGGCCGCGCUAUCGUGGGGGUUUUCGGGGGAAGUACUCACACUAUUCCCCCGAAAUGGAGGAACAGUAUAUGCGAUACUUUUCCAAGUUUUUUUCGGAACAUGACAGGAGGUCAAGGUCAAGGUCACGGUCGAGGUCACGCUCACGAAGGCGGAGUUAUAGUCGGUCAAGGUCGAGACACCGGUCGUACAGUCGGUCGAGGUCAAGGUCAAGGUCGCACAAGAGGUCACGAAGGUCAAGGUCAAGGUCGAAAAGUGUGGAUAGUUCCAAGUUCGUGUCGCCGAGGAGUUCGAGGAGGAGGUCGAAGUCGUGGUCCAUGCCGAGGAGUGGGGGGGAGAAGGGGAGGUCGUGGUCGAAGACGCCGUGAUUUUGUAUUUUGUUAUUUUGAGUUAAAUAAAUGUUUUUUUCUAUUA